AUGUCUUGUACAUCUCUGUCCUUUGCCAUCUGUCUUUGCCAUCUCUGUCUUUGCCAUCUGUCACUUUUACCACCUGUCACUUUGCCCAUCUGUCUUUGCCAUCUCUGUCACUUGCCACAUCUGUCACUUUGCCAUCUCUGUCACUUUACCCCACAUCUGUCACUUUGCCAUCUCUGUCUUUGCCACAUCUGUCACUUUUCCAUCUCUGUCACUUUGCAUUCAUCUGUCCUGUGCCAUCUUUCUCACUUUCCACAUCUGUCAGUUUUCAUCUCUGUCUUUUUUGUUUUAAUCUGUCACUUUAUCGCAUUUCUGUCACUUUGCCCAUCUGUCCUCAUUAAGUUUUCAUUUUGUCACUUGUCGGUAUCCACAUUUGUCACUUGCCAUCUCCUUUCUUUGUUACAUCUAUCAGUCUGUCCUGUAUCGCAUUUUCUCUGUCACUUUACAUCUGUCAGUUUUCUCUGUCACUUUUGCCCAAUCUGUCCUGUAUCGUAUUUUCAUCUCUGUCUUUUCCUCAUUAAGUUUUGCCAUCUCUGUCCUUUUCCCAAUCUGUUUUGUAUCUCAUUUUCUACUUUGCCUUUGUUUUCUCUGUCAUUUUGCCACAUCUGUCUGUCACUUUGCCAUAUGUCCUUUUGCCAUCUCUGUCACUUUGCCACAUCUGUCACUUUGCCAUCUCUGUCACUUUGCCACAUCUGUGACUUUGCCAUCUCUGUCACUUUGCCACAUCUGUCACUUUGCCAUCUCUGUCACUUUGCCACAUCUGUCACUUUGCCAUCUCUGUCACUUUGCCACAUCUGUCACUUUGCCAUCUCUGUCACUUUGCCACAUCUGUCACUUUGCCAUCUCUGUCACUUUGCCACAUCUGUCACUUUGCCAUCUCUGUCACUUUGCCACAUCUGUGACUUUUCCAUCUCUGUCACUUUGCCACAUCUGUCACUUUGCCAUCUCUGUCACUUUGCCACAUCUGUCACUUUGCCACAUUUGCCACAUCUGUCACUUUGCCAUCUCUGUCCUUUGCCACAUCUGUCCCUUUGCCAUCUCUGUCACUUUGCCACAUCUGUGACUUUGCCAUCUCUGUCACUUUGCCACAUCUGUCCUUUUGCCAUCUGUCACUUUGCCAUCUCUGUCACUUUGCCACAUCUGUCUUUAUCUCUGUCACUUUGCCAUCUCUGUCAUUUGCCAUCUGCCCACAUCUGUCACUUGAUCUCUUCACUUUGCCACAUGUGUCACUUUGCCAUCUCUGUCACUUCCACAUCUGUGACUUUGCCAUCUCUGUCACUUUGA